AUGCGAAUUGUGUGGCCACCAAAUGCCGUACUACGACCGACGAUGGGUAAAUUCCUCUCUCCCUCACUAAGUGUCCUCAUAUGGCCACACAUAUACAGCCACUGUCACGGAAGUCCUACCCACUGCUAUUGUCGUGGCGAGGGUAUUGUUUACGAAAUUGAGAGGAUGAAAGGCGGAUGUCCGGUACUUCAACCGAAUAGCGAUUUUGUGGAGAUUGUAAUUGCUAUCUCUUCAAUUUAUAAUUGUAUUGCUCAAACUCCAUGUCCUGAUCAAAUCAAUCAAUCGUUAAGUGAGCCAGCUACAUUUGGAACAGAACAAUUCAUUGAUUGGAUAUCACUUGGCUUAAAGUUAACUCGUCUACAAACUUCUGCUAAUAAUCUACGAUUAUGGAUAAAUGAUUAUCUUUUAGUAUUUAAAAAUAGUUCUAGUAUACAAUCAUUGGAAUAUAUGUCACAAUUAAUUUGUGGUUCACCAGCGAAUGAAAAUGAUUUAGGUCGACUUUUCAUUGAACUAAACCAAAUGAAUAUGGAACAGGGUGCUUCAAAAUCAUCUAACAAUAUACCUAUAAUUGAUCAUUUAAUAUCUCAAUUUAAUGAUCUAUUUGAUAUAACAACAUUAGAAAAAAUGCUACCUGAAAAAUCAUUACCAAAUCUUAAUCUAUGUCCAAUCAUUAAACAUUUAUUAAAUUCAAAACCAUUUUUUAUAACAAUGGGUCGUUUACGUUAUUUUUUAUUUGGUAAUAUAGCAUAUUAUCCAUCAAAUCAAUUUACAGAUGAAAUUAUUUAUAAUAUGGGUAUAUAUACACGUAUAUUACGUAAUAUUCGUCAAUUAAUUCAUUUAUAUUUUAAUGAAUUACGUCCAUGGUUAUUAAGUAUUGAUUUUAAUAAUAAUAAUAAGAAUAAUAAUAAUAAUCAAACCAAUUUAAUACAAAUUAAAAAUCAAUUAAAAUAUUGUAAAGAUAAUAAAUUUGGUAUUAUUCCAAAUGAAAUACAAAAAUUAUGUCAUUAUUUUUAUGAUUAUUUUAUCCAACAUAAUUAUCAUAAUAAUCAAUAUAAUAAUAAUAAUCAAUUAAAUUGGAAAUUAUUAUUAAAUAUUAUUGAUUUUUUUAUGAAUUUAUUUAAUGAUUUAUUAACUAAUUGUUUGCAGAUCGAUAAAAAAUUUAUUCCAUUUAAUAAUUAUAAUCAAUUUCAUAAUUAUUUAAUGAAACAACAAAAUAAUUUAUUAUCAUCACCAAUUGGAAUUAUAUUUAAUCAAUUACCAGGUUAUUUAAAUCAUACUAUUUAUAAUCAAUCAAUAAAUGAUAAUGAUAAUAAUGAUGAUAUUUAUAAAAAAUUAAUAAAUUAUCCUAAUAUUUUAUCAAUAACAUUACGUAAUAAUCCAUUAUAUAUAUAUGAAACAAAAAAUUAUAAAUUUACAUCAAAAUAUCAUAUAAAAAUGCCAAAACGUGAUCCACAAACUCAAAUGAAAUAUUUUACAACAUGGAUAACUAUAUCAUUUAUAUUAAUGUCUAUAUUAUCAUUAUUCAUUGUAAUUAUAUUAAAAUAUGGUAAUAUAUUACCAUUAAGUAAUAUAAUAUUAAUCUAUUUUAUAAUAAUGAAUUAUAUUAUAUCAUGUUUAUUUUAUUGUAUUAUAUUUACAUUAUUAAAUGUUAAAUCAACAAUUGCAUCAAUAUUAUCUGGUAUAAUAUAUUUUUUAUUAUUUAUGCCAGCAUCUGUAUUAUUAAGAUAUAAUGAAUUACCUAAUGAUAUAUCAUUAAUACCAUUUUGUUUUAUACCACAAGUUAGUUAUUCAUUAUGUUGGAUAUUUAUAAAUCGUUUAGAAUCAAAAGGUACAGGUGCACAAUGGUCAAAUAUAUGGGAAACAAAUAAUUCUAAUAGUAUAUUAUCAUUAGGUAGUUCAAUGAUAUUUUUAUGGAUUGGAAUAAUUCUAUUAAGUUUAUUAACAUUUUGGGGUAUACCAUUUAUAAUUAAAUGUUAUGUAAUAGUUAGACAAAAAUUUCAAUCAAAUUGUAUCAUAAAUCAUUCAACAUCAAUGAAUAAUGUUAAAAAACGAAAAAAACGUAAAGUAAGCAGUGGUAAUCAAUUAGAUCUAUCUAUGAAUACUUCACAAUUAUUAAUGAAUUCAUUUCAAACAGAAAGACAAAGUUUAAUCAAUUCUACUAUUAUGACAUCAAUGAAUAAUGAUCAUUCUCAUUCAAUUAUGAUAUCACCAUCUGUAAUUAUUGAUAAUUUAUCUAAAAUAUAUCAAUCAUCAAAACGUGCAGCAUUAUGUAAUAUCAAUAUGAAUUUUUAUGAAGAUCAAAUUACUGUGAUAUUAGGACGUAAUGGAGCUGGUAAAACUACUCUACUUUCUAUUCUAGUUGGAAUACUUAAACCUACACAAGGUAAAAUAAUUAUGCAUGGAGAAGUGACCAAUAAACGUUUAGAUAUUUUACGUAAAAUGUUAGGAUAUUGUCCUCAAUACGAUAUUUUAUAUAAUUCAUUAACAGUUGCUGAACAUAUUCAUUUAUUUGGUACAUUAAAAGGAAUGAGUCGUGUAAGUAUCAAUCAAAAAUUGGAUGAUUAUCUACAGAAACUUGGAUUAACUGAUAAACGCAACGAACAAACGUCUAAACUUUCUGGUGGUCAACGAAGAAAACUAUCAUUAUUUUUAGCCUUUUUAGGCAAUUCAUCUGUAAUAGUACUUGAUGAACCAACAGCUUCAUUAGAUCCAUUUUCACGACGUGCUGUUUGGGAUUUAUUAAAAUCGUUACGUAAAGGACGUACAAUCAUUUUAAGUUCACAUCAUAUGUAUGAAACUGAUUUAUUAGCUGAUCAAAUUUCCAUUAUUUCUGAAGGUAAAGUACUUUGUUCUGGUUCUAGUUUAUCAUUAAAAUCAGCUUUUGGUUCAGGAUAUCACUUAUCAUUAGAAAUGGAUCCAUUAAAUACAAAUAAUUCUUCUGGAAACAACAACAGUUUCACAGAAUUAUUAAAAGCUAUACAAAUACAUGUUAAUGAUGCUCGUAUAUUGAGUCAUAAUGCAAAUAAAUUAAUUAUUCAUUUACCAACUUGUGAUGCAUUAACUGGAAAAUUUACAAAUUUAUUUCAACAAUUAGAUAAUGAUGAAUUUCGUCAAUUAUAUCGAAUAAAACAUUAUGAAAUUGCUAAUUCUUCAUUAGAAGAAGUAUUUCUUUCAAUUACUGGUGAUAUACAAACAACUAUAAACAAUUCAAAUGAUUAUGAAUAUAUAGAAAAUUAUGAUGAUGAAUAUAAUGGUAAUAUUGAAAUCAAUCAUAAAUCAAAUCUAGAACAGAUUAGUUUAAUGAAUAAUAAUUAUCAAAAACAAUAUCCACCUAGUCAAUAUCGUAAUCAUUUAAGAAGGAAACCAUCUCUUUUAAAUAUGAUAAAAGCAAUGUUUUAUAAACGUUAUAUUUAUUUAAAACGUAAUAAAUUAUCAUGGAUUAUUGAAUUUAUCUUUCCAUGUUUAUUAGUAUUAACUGGGAUAGGAUUUUUAGAAUAUUUUAAACCAAAUAAUAAUAUACAACCACCAUUGGAUAUUAAUCAUUGGAUUAUGAAAAAUGCACAUAUUUCUAAUGAAUUAUUACAUUUCUAUACACAUAAUACAUAUCAUGAAUUAGAUUCAUUUCAAUCUUAUUUAAAAUUAUUAAAUAAUCCAUUAAGUUUAACUGGUAUUGGUUGUAUUUCAUCAAAAUUACAUACAUUUCAACCAAAUAUUAAUUCCAAUUGUUUAAUUCAAACAAAUGAUCAAUUUAUAAUAAAUAAAAACGAUUUAAUAAAAAAUUGUGAAAAAUAUUCAUUACAACAUAAAUUUCCUUGUUAUCCAUUAGCUACUGGUGAUAUACUACUUAAUCUAAGUAGUAUUGAUAUAUCGGAUUAUUUAAUGAAUAAUACAAAUUUAUUAUAUAAUAUUAUGUUUGGUGGUAUUGAAUUUAAAACAAAUAAAUAUUAUGAAUUAAAUGAAAUCAUUUAUAAUUUAUUUAAUAAAUUAAAUAAUUAUUCAAUGAAAUUAAAUCAAUCUAAUGAUUGGAAACAAUUUUUAAUGGAUUUAAAAUUUAUUUUACCACCAAAAAAUAUAAUACGUUUAUGGUAUGAUAAUCGUGGUUAUUUAUCAUCAGUAGCUUAUUUAAAUUUAUUACAAAAUUUACAAUAUCGUAUGUUAUUAUCUAAUGGAUUAAUGAAAUUCAAUAAACAAUAUAAUGAUAGAAUUAUUAAUCAUUAUACUGAUAAUAAUAUAAUAUAUCCAACAAAUUCUGGAAUUAUUAUCACUAGCCAUCCAUUACCAUAUCCAGAUUUAUUUGAAAAUACUAUGGUUUCAUUAAUUUAUUUGGCAAGUUUUUUAUUUAAAUCAUCUAGUACAGCAUUUGUAUUAAUAUGUGGUUUAAAUUUAGUCAUUGGUGCAGUGACAACAUUUGUACGUUUCUUUCUUGAAAUACUUACACUUGAUAAUGUAAAUUAUCAAAUAACAACAACAACAACAUCAUCAACAAGAACAACUCAAUUUGUCAAUAUGUGGUUACGUAUAUCACCGCAUUAUUGUUUAAGUGGUAGUUUUUUUACAAUAACAUUAAGAGAUUUUUUUAAUAAACUUAAUAUACCAUAUAAAAAUAAUAAUUCAUUAUGGAAUUUAUUAAAAAUUGAUAUGGGAUGUUUAUUAUUACAUUCAUUAUCAUUAUUUAUAAUUGUAUUAUUAUUGGAAAAACAAUUUUAUAUCAUACAAAUAAUACAUUGGAAAAGAAAUAAAUUGACAUGGAAUCGUUUAUUGAAUUCAUAUGUCGGUAUACAUUAUACAGAUCUAGAAUCAAAUAUACAAACGAAAACAGAAGAUUCAUCUCUAAAACCAAAAUAUGCAAUCAAUGUAAAAUCAGUAUGUAAACAUUAUUGGUCUCAAAAGAAACCAACAGUAGAACAAUUGAAUUUCACUGUUCAACCAGGUCAAUGUUAUGGUUUACUUGGUGUAAAUGGUGCUGGAAAAUCAACUACAUAUUCUAUGUUAACUGGUCAUUCUACAAUAACACAUGGAAAUAUUUAUUUAAAUGGUUAUGAUAUAACAUUAAAUAAAGAGAAAGCAUGUGAAAAUAUUGGUUAUUGUCCACAACAAGAUGCUUUAUGUGAAUUUAUGACACCACGUGAACUAUUGACAUUUUAUAGUUAUUUAAGACAUCCCAAUCAUCACCAUCAUCAUCAUCAUCAUCAUCGUCAUCAUCGUCAUGAUCAUCAAACAUUUAAUCAUACAAAUCAAGUCAAUAAAAUGAUUGAAUUAAUUGGUUUACAACAAUAUGCUGAUUGUUUAAUACAUACAUUAUCUGGUGGUAAUAAACGUAAAUUAUCUAGUGGUAUAGCAUUUAUUGGUAAUCCAAAAAUAAUAUUUUUAGAUGAACCAUCAACUGGUAUGGAUCCACAAGGAAAAUAUUUAUUAUGGAAUAAUAUAAAAAAUGCUAUAAAAUUAAAUUGUACUAUAUUAUUAAGUUCACAUUGUAUGGAAGAAUGUGAAUUAUUAUGUAAUCAUAUUGGUUUAUUAAUUAAAGGUAAAAUUUGUUGUCAUGGUAGUCCAUUAAAAUUAAAACAACAAUAUGGUUUAGGUUAUUAUAUUGAUUUAGAAUUUAAAUCAAAUAUAUUAAAUUAUAUCAAUAAUAAUAAUAAUAUCAAUGAUUUACAAAUAUUAUUACAUAAUUAUUUACCUAAUUUUCAAUUACGUUAUCCAUUAUUAACAAGACAAGAAUAUCAUUAUAAUAAUAAUGAUAAUAAUAAACCAUUAUGGAAAUUAUUUAAUGCAUUAGAUCAAUUAAAUAAACAUAAUAUCAUUGAAAAUAUAUCAAUAAGACAGUCUACAUUAGAAGAUGUAUUUGUUAAUUUUAUAAAUUUAUAUAAAAAUAAUGAAUUAUCUAAUGAGUAAUAUGAUAAUGAUUUGGAGUAGUUUCUUUCUUUCCUGCUUUCUUUCCUUUUUUCUUUGUUUGUUUGUGUUUUUUUUUCGGAUCUUUUUUUGUUGCUUUUUUUCGCUUGGAAACUGUUGAAAUGACGAAUGAUUACGUAAUAAGGAGAAUGAUAGUUUUCUCAGUAAUGAUGAAAGCAAAUCCGUUUUAUACAUAUAUUGAAAUGACAAUGGAUUAUAUAAUAGACAGAAUGAAAGUCUUUCCAGUAAUAAUAAAAGUGCAUCUAUUAUAUGUGUAUGCACAUUUGAUUGUAAUUAAACAUUAAACAUAGAUAUUCUCUAUUCUCUAAAUUUAUAUUUUGUUUAUUUAUUUAUUUGUUUCAUUGUUUCAUUGUCAAUGAAUUGACUGUAUGGUUUCUGUACACAGAUUGUAUAAUUAGAUUCAAUCUUCUUGCUUUUUUUUCUUUGAAGAUAAAAUGGUUUCACUUUUUUUAAAAAUAAUUAUCCUUUUAAAUCUGUUUCGGUUUGGGCACCCGGGCAGUAUCACAGCCCUCACACAUAUCAAUUGAGAUUUGUGUGGCAUAUAUAUAUUUGGUGCCUCCUUGUACCAAUAUCUAUGUGUUAAAAUAAAAUAAAAUUAUAGCCUUUUAAACACAAAACUGAUAUCCUAUUGUUACCUAUAUGGUUAUUUGUUUAUGGCGAGUUAUUACUGAUUUUUUCUCUCUCCACCCCCUCUCUCUCUCUCUCCAUUCUAUUGAUGUUUAUUACUAUUAUGAUAGAAAUAUGUAUGAUAUGAUCUUGGAUCUUAAAUUGUUGAAUAAAUUUAUGAGAUCAAUUAUUUUAUUAUACAGUUUAUUAUUUGAUUGUAUUUGUUGUUAAAUAAAUGGAGAAUUCAAU